GCAGCGUGUGGUGAGUGUGUGUGUACAUACAUGUGUGCUUGUGCAUGUGUGUGUGGGAGUGUGUUAGUGUGCGUGAGCGCGAGCGCGAGCGCGCGUACGUGUGUGCGGUCAGAUGCUAGUAUGAGAGAGAGAUUCCCGCUCCACACUGGCUCAGUGUUGUGGAGUGUAACCUGUGGGUCGAUGCAACGCUGCGAAAAGCAUGAAAAGUGCGACCCCGAAGUUCACAGUGAGAGGAAGGUGCGCACCAACAAGCUGAAGCCUCAGGCCUCCACCAUGGGAAUGUAGCACCUGUGUGAGACUGCUGAGUGUUUGUACACAACGAGGAGCUCUUGUCUUCUGGAAGAUAAAGACGACCCUGGUCGGACAUCAAGGUCCUGAUGUCCAGUGUUGCACCACCGUGUGAUUUGGUUACAGCCAACUCCUGUGGGACCUUGAAACGUUGCAGAGUUUUAAAGGCUGUCUGUAGGGAACUAUGUGCAGCUCCCUGAGCCCUAAACAUCCCAGUAGCCCUGGCCUCACAGACAUGCAGCAGUAUCACCAGUGGCUGGCCAGUCGACAUGAAGCCAGCCUGCUGCCCAUGAAGGAGGACCUGGCCCUGUGGCUCACUAAUAUUCUCGGUCUGGAAAUCACCGGCGAGAGCUUCAUGGAUCGCUUAGACAAUGGAUUCCUGUUGUGCCAGCUGGCUGAGACACUACAGGAGAAGUUCAGGCAGAGUAAUGGAGAUCUGCCCGCCCUUGGCAAUACUAAGAGUAUUCCAUAUCGGAGGAUACCAUGUCGGCGGAGUGCUCCCUCCGGCUCCUUUUUUGCACGUGACAACACAGCUAACUUCUUGGCCUGGUGUCGUGAGGUUGGAGUUGGAGAAACAUGUCUGUUUGAGUCAGAGGGUUUAGUUCUUCACAAGCAGCCACGAGAGGUAUGUCUCUGCCUCUUAGAGUUGGGACGAAUAGCAUCAAGGUACAACGUGGAGCCCCCAGGCCUAAUAAAACUGGAGAAAGAAAUUGAACAAGAAGAGAAAGCGCCUCUACCUCCUCCAUCACCCGAAUCUCCAGCUCCGCCCCGCCCUCCAUCUCCUGCUUCGUCUCCCUCCCCAACUCCAUCCCCUUCCCCAACUCCGUCCCCUUCCCCGACUCCGGCCAAAGUGACAUCCAGUAAGAAAAGCACAGGAAAGCUUUUGGAUGACGCUGUGCGACAUAUUGCUGACGAUCCCCCCUGCAAGUGUCCAAAUAAAUUUUGUGUAGAAAGACAGUCACAGGGUCGAUACCGUGUUGGGGAGAAGAUGCUCUUUAUCAGAAUGCUGCACAACAAGCACGUGAUGGUGCGUGUUGGUGGAGGCUGGGAGACCUUUGAAAGCUACCUGCUGAAACACGACCCGUGCCGCAUGCUCCAAAUCUCCCGGGUGGAGGGCAAGACGUCUCCCAUCAGCAUCAAGUCCCCAAAUAUCAAGGACCUCGCGCCCGACAGCUACCUGGUGGUGGCAGCACACUACCGCAGCAAAAAAUAAAGAGAUGAGACUGUAGUUUGUCAUUAGUGAAAGGACACAGAGGACAAGGCUGAUGGAUAUGGCAAUCUCACAUAAUGAUGCCUGGUUUAUUAAUACAGUAGCAACAGACACAACAGCAUUCAUUGAAAACUCACGUAUGUAAUAGUGAUGCUUGGGGCUUUUUUGUGGGUUUGUUUUUUUGAAAUAAUUCAACCAAAUGGAAGUUUUAUUUUGUUUUACAUUAACUGUGAAACUAAAGCCAAAUGCAUUGAACAUUACAAUAUGAGUUAACUUGGUACAAGAGAAGUGGUGGCUUUAUCAGUCACUAACUGUUAUUUUAAACGAUAUACAAUAUGAUUUUUUUUUGUAGGUAGAAUUUCUACUUUUUAGUGCACAUGGUGUUUAAAUGUAAUCAAGCCCAUGGUGUUUCUCUGCUUUUAUACAUGUCCUGAGUGAAGUUGUGCAGGUUUCAGGACCUACAGGAGGUCAGUAUUCAUUAGCAUAUGUGUAUGUGAUGGCUGAUGGAAAGUAGACACUUUUGUUCAUGCGUUUUUCCUCCUCCAGGACGUUUUGACCUGAUUGCCAUAUAUUAUAGUGGAUGAGUCAUGUAAUUAACCAAAUAUUGACACGAUGUCUACAUUCUCUCCCUAAAACCAAGUAUUGGUUGUAAAAUGUUAUGGCGUUUAUUUUGUGUAUUUUUUAUUAGGUUCUUGCAAUGCUUUGAUUGUUUGUACAAAUAUUCUGUGCAAUGCAUUUUUAUACAUCUAACUAAAUAUAACUAUUUGACAAUCAUCUUUACAUUAAUUCAUAUUCUAUUGCUUUAUUCUCCACGAGGGUCGGCUGGAGCCAAUCCCAGCAGGCAUAGGGCGAAUGUUUAAGUUCUUUUACUUGUUUUAUGCCAUUCACCUCUAAAGACUGAAAUGUGUUUCACAACAAUUAAGAAACAUAAUUCACAUGUUCAUUUAUUGAAUUGCUUUUCCCACUUUACCAGAAAACAGAUGCGACUAUUACAGGUCAGUGACUUUGACAUGUGACAUGUAAUCCACAGAUCUGCCUGUGGUAAAACAAAUCCAACAUAUGCUUUUAGAUGUCAAGUUUCAAUAAAUUCUUAAAACUUGAUUAUUACAA